AUGCUUUCACAAGUAUCCAAUUUGAUGGCGAGGAGGGUACCGACAGAAAUCGAUUUCCUGAACGGCGAAAUUUCUAAGAUGGCCGUCGAGUACAACAUCGAGGCGCCCAUAAAUCGCGCUCUGAUCGAAGCCGUGAAACUGGCAGAGAUGCAGAAUGAUGGGUGUCCGCAGUACUCGGGUGAGUCGCUGAUGGCGCUUACAGGUGCGCAAGAUUCUGGUGUGCUCGCCCGGGCGGUGCUGAAUAGCAUUGGUUUGGUAAGCCUUGCAAUGACCGCACAGUGUCUCAUCCGGGCGCGUCUCUAA